AUGGAGAAAUUUCCCGACAUUCGGAGCAGCAGCAACGGCGGCAUGGCCAGAAGCGCUGCCAUCGCUACCCGCCUCUGGAGUGUACAGCAAGCUCGCGCCAGCCUAACGGAUAUGCGGCAACUAUCUCCAAUACCGCAUCUUCUGGACAUGUACACCGGGGCGGCAGAAAAGGUGGUAGGGGCCCCCGGAAGCCUUCGGGGGCCCCCCUGGUUGCUAUCUCUUGCUCGUGCUCUAAAAGACACUCCAGGAGAGACCUCCGCCUUUGCAGAUGCUCCACAGGCCGAAGCGCCUCUCCUCGAAGGUUUCCUCAAGAGAGGCAUUUCAACGAUGAGCUUUCUUUGGGGAGUCGCAAAGAGCGGAGCCGAGGCGGUGGCUGGCAGGGACCGUUCCUCCCCGGAGCAGAAACCAACGACGCAGACGGCUCCUAGGCGUUCUGUCAUCGUAUUUGUGCUUGGGGGACUGGCCCCUGCGGAGCUUCAGGCAUUCGAGACACUUGAAACCAACAAAGAGGAUAUCGGGUGCUCAAACGGCACACCUUUCCUCGUCGGGAGCACCUGCCUGACAUCCCCGGCCCGACUCGCCUCGGCGUUGUUCGGUGACCUCAUAGAUGAACAAGAGGCUAGCCAGAUAGCCAUUUAA